AUCAAGUCCACACCGACAUACCUUGCACUCGUAUGCACCAGAGAAUAGCCGGACACAAACCCUAGUUCCUCCCCUCUUUCAAACAUUUGCUUCAUUCCGAGCCGCUUCACCAGUCCCUGCAACAAUGGGUAUUGAUUUGAAGGCCGGAGGUAAGAGUAAGAAGACGAAGCGCACGGCGCCGAAGUCUGACGAUGUCUAUCUCAAGCUCCUCGUCAAGCUGUAUCGGUUUCUAGUGAGGAGAACGGGAAGCAAGUUCAAUGCUGUGAUUCUGAAGCGCUUGUUCAUGAGUAAAGUGAACAAGCCGCCAUUGUCCCUCUCUCGUUUGAUCCGCUAUAUGCAGGGAAAGAAGGACAAGAUUGGUGUUAUUGUUGGAACUGUGACCGAUGAUGCGAGAGUGUACGAAGUGCCAGCUCUUAAGAUCACGGCAUUGAGAUUCACGGAGAGGGCAAGGGCCAGGAUCGAGAAGGCUGGUGGGGAGUGCCUCACAUUCGAUCAGCUCGCUCUUCGUGCCCCUCUUGGCCAGAACACGGUUCUACUGAGAGGCCCUAAGAAUGCACGUGAAGCGGUGAAGCACUUUGGCCCUGCUCCUGGUGUUCCACACAGCCACACCAAACCGUACGUCCGUUCAAAGGGCAGAAAGUUUGAGAGAGCUCGAGGUAGGAGAAAGAGCAGAGGCUUCAAGGUUUAAGCCCCGACCAAAUCAAAAUCACUUGGAUUAUGUUAUAAACUCCUCCAGUUCCCUUACGGUCAGUCAACUUUGUGUCAUCUUCCUGCGUUCAUUUUGCAAGCUUACGACUUUCAAGCUCUGUUGAGUUACAUACAUGGCGUACCCUUUAUCCUAUAUGAUGGGACCUUUUUCCCGGAAUAUUUCCCUUUUUUGUCUUAAUCACCAGUUUGAAUGAAAUCUAGAUGAUGGCAUUGUAUACUCCAUGCGUUGAUCCAUUUUUGUUAAGAGUUCCUGCGUGUAGUAAGAAAGUCUCUAGCUGCGUGUCAAAGGUAUGAACCGUUGUUGUCAACUUACGAUUGAGUAUGAUAUUCUCUCAA